CUUGAACCCAUGGAAGAAUUAGAAAAGUGCCACUAAAAUUAAUUCCCCUGGAUUUAUAAAUUUUAUUGCGAAAAAUAAUUAGUAAAUAUGUCGAGAGUUCUGGUUGGAGUCAAAAGAGUCAUCGAUUAUGCAGUAAAGAUCCGCGUAAAACCGGACAAAACAGGUGUUGUAACAGAUGGAGUGAAGCACUCGAUGAAUCCCUUUGACGAGAUUGCGAUCGAGGAGGCAGUGAGGAUGAAGGAGAAAAAACUUGCUGAAGAGGUGAUUGCAGUGUCGUGUGGUCCACCUCAGGCCCAGGAGGUACUUCGUACUGCCCUAGCAAUGGGAGCAGACAGAGCCAUCCACGUGGAAGUCUCUGGACCAGAGUACGAUACCCUCCAACCCUUCCACGUCUCCAAAAUCCUGGCGAAGCUCGCCCAAGACGAGAAGGCUGACCUUGUAAUCCUGGGGAAGCAGGCGAUCGAUGAUGACUGCAAUCAGACAGCUCAGAUGACUGCUGGUGUGCUUGAUUGGCCAUGUGGCACCUUCUGCAGCAAAGUGGAGUCUAGCUCUGGAGAGCUGACCAUCACCAGAGAAGUCGACGGGGGACUGGAGACCCUGAAGAUAAAAACCCCAGCAGUUCUAAGUGCUGAUCUUCGUCUGAAUGAGCCACGCUACGCUACUUUACCAAAUAUAAUGAAAGCGAAGAAGAAACCGAUCAAAAAGACAACCCCCAAAGACCUGGGGAUCGAGACAGCCCCGAGGGUGGAAAUAAAAUCAGUGGAUGAGCCCCCAGUGAGACAGGGUGGCUCGAUCCUUCCUGAUGCCGAUGCCCUGGUGGCAAAACUCAAGGAGAAGGGCUUCGCUUGAGGCAGACAUUCAAUCUGCAGAAGGAAGUACUCCCUGAAGAGGACGAACGUCUCAAAAUAAUCCCAUGCAACGCGCCAAGUCACCACGUUUCAUUGGAUUCAAUUUAAUCAUGAGGAAUAAAAUUCUAUCGAUUCUUAAUUCGAUUGUAAAUAAUACUAUUUUUUAUAAAACAUUUUUAUGGUGGAAUAAAUAUUUACAUUGGCAGAUA